CGCUCUUGUUUCGCUUCUUUCCCGAUCUUUCGGCCACCCCCUUCUUAGGGCGUAAGCAACGAAAGGAAAGAAGAUCCAAGCCUCGCCUAUCUCUGCGGUUCCCCGGUCGCCCGAUCCGCGUCCAAGAUGGGAUACAUCGGCCACCAUGGGGUGGCGACGUUGCACAAGUACAAGUACAGCGGCGUGGACCACUCGCUAGUCGCUAAGUACAUCUUGCAGCCGUUCUGGAGCCGCAGCGUCACGCUUUUCCCUCUUUGGAUGCCACCAAACAUGAUCACUCUUACAGGAUUUAUGUUUCUGAUGGUAUCCGCAUAUCUUGGCUAUGUAUAUUCGCCCCAUCUUGAUACAGCUCCACCAAGAUGGGUCCACCUUGCUCAUGGAUUGCUUCUCUUUUUAUACCAGACUUUUGAUGCUGUUGAUGGUAAACAAGCUAGGCGUACGAAUUCAUCCAGUCCUUUGGGGGAACUUUUCGAUCAUGGAUGCGAUGCGCUUGCAUGUGCUUUCGAAGCCAUGGCCUUUGGGAGCACUGCACUGUGUGGUAGGAACACUUUUUGGUUUUGGGUAAUUGCAGCAAUUCCAUUUUACCUUGCAACGUGGGAACACUUCUUUACCAAUACACUUAUUCUUCCAAUAAUUAAUGGACCUACAGAAGGCCUCAUGCUAAUCUAUGUUUGUCACUGGCUGACAUUCUUUUUGGGAGCUGAAUGGUGGGCACAGGAUUUCAGGAAGUCAAUCCCAUUUUUAGGUUGGGUGCCAUUAAUUCCUGAGAUCCCAGUAUAUAGUGUUGUGCUAUUUAUGAUGAUUGCUUUUGGUGUGAUUCCAACUAUUGCUUCCAACAUCAGCAAUGUCCACAAGGUUGUCAAAGCGAGAAGAGGAAGCAUGAUAUUGGCAUUAGCAAUGCUAUUUCCUUUUGGCGUGCUUUUGGCUGGAGUUCUUAUCUGGUCAUAUCUAUCUCCUUCAGACAUUAUGCACAGUCACCCUCAUUUGCUUAUAAUUGGAACUGGAUUUGCAUUUGGGUUUCUUGUUGGAAGGAUGAUUCUCGCGCACCUCUGCGAUGAACCCAAGGGUUUAAAAACUGGGAUGUGCAUGUCUCUAUUGUUUCUUCCCCUUGCCAUUGCAAAUGCUCUCACUGCCAGACUUAAUGAUGGAGUUCCUCUUAUUGAUGAGUGUCUAAUUCUCAUUCUGUAUUGUCUAUUCACAGUGUUGCUUUAUCUGCAUUUUGCAACAUCCGUCAUCCAUGAGAUCACAAAUGCACUGGGCAUUUACUGCUUCAGGAUAACCAGGAAAGAAGCUUAAACAAUUUCUCACAUGCUGUUUGGGGUGAAAGCAAAGCAACAUGAUUAGGUACAAUUCAAAAAACACUAUCACUGUUAUCAAGUUUGCCAACAGAACAUGGAGUUUAUCAGAUGAUGAUCACCAGCAAUUGCACGCUCAUCAAUCAAUCGAGAAUGCGGAUGUUAUUCUGACAACAUUUGGAGUAGGAAAACAGAAAUAUUGAAAGGGCAAAGAGAUCUGAUGCAGAUGCAAAGCAAGAUUUUUUGGUCAAUGAUGCCUUGCUGUACUUAAAGAAUACAUGGAUCGAGUUUCUUGCUGAUUGAACACAGAUUGAUGUGGCCCUAUUGUUAAGGAUUUGGUGUGAGAAGUUUUGUUGGUUAAAGUUGAAAUCUGGUCAAAAUGGGCAAUGUUGUUUACUUUGGCAGACAUGUUAUUUUUCCAGUGGAAUUUUGACCAUCUGAA